UCCAACCAUUUAUAGUGUAUUUAGCCUUUUAAUAUCAGAAUGUGGGGUUUCGAUGUUGAAGGAACUAUUAUAUUUUACACGGACACAUGUUAGUGUUGCACCUGGUAACCGCGGUUCUCAACUAACGUUAAACAUAAAUGAAAUAAUUCACGUUAUUCUGCCAUUCUUCGCCCUUUACGGUCAUCAGCUUAUAUUGGAGAUUCACAUGAAUGGAUUAGUUUUAACAGCUAUAAGGAAAAGAAAGAGCAAUAUAGUCCUUAUCUCCGUUAAUUAAUUGAAAAUCACCACACCUGCAUUACAAGAGAGCUGAAGAUUUGUGUCAGUGUUACAGAAACAUCCCAAUACUGAAUGAAGAUGAUGCGCUAUUGGGGUGAGCUUCCUGUAGCUUCAGCGCCUUCAGGUCGCAGUUCUUUUGACCUUCUGCAGCGUGAGUUUCGCCAGGUGGAAAUGCAAGACCCUCCACUGCACCAGCCAUCAGCACAGCGCCCACGUCCUACCACCAUGCUGGAUAUCCCUUCUGAGCCCUGCAGCCUAACCAUUCAUACUGUGCAGCUGACCCAGCAUGCCCGUCGUCUCCGGGGACUCAUUGCUGCUGCACAGCAAAGCCAGCAACCCCUGUCCACUUUAUCAGAAACCCCAGGUGCCUUCAAAUCAGAAGACACAGACCUUCUACCUCCCCGGCCUGCCACACCAUCCGUACCUGAUGAUCUUCUGCCUCUGGACAGCAAAGCCCCCCGGCAGCCAUUCCAGUUACGUCACAGUGACCCAGAGAGUGACUUUUACAAAGGCAAAGGUGAGCCGGUCACAGAGCUGAGCUGGCCAUCUUGUCGUCAACUUCUGUAUCAGUCAGUUGCCACAGUUCUUGCUCACGUUGGUUUUGAGUCAGCAAAUGAGAGCGUGCUGGAGACUUUGACUGACCUGGUCCAUGAGCACUAUCUACGACUUACCAAGCUGCUGCGUGUGGCUGUGGAUAGGGAGGCCUGCCAGGGCUCUACACCUUUCCCUGAUGUGGUUGAACAGGUCUUUCAUGAGGUGGGCAUUGGUAGUGUAUUGGCACUCAGGCGCUUCUGGCAGGUUCGAAUCAAAGAUUACCACAGCUACAUGGUGCAGGUCAGUAAGGAGCUCUCAGAAGAGUAUGAAAGGCUGGUAAAUCCAGAAAGCGCUCUGGAGGAAUCCAAACCCCUGAAAGUUAAAGAGGAGCCGGUGAGUGACAUCACAUUCCCUCUGAGUGAGGAACUGGAAGUGGACCUGCCUUCAGGUGACCAGACACUGCCCACUGGUGUCAUAGGUACCUCCAGUGAGAGACUGCCUGGAGGAUUGGAUGAAGAGACAGCAGUGAACAGCUCUCCCCUGUGGCAUCUAACCCAUGUGAAGAUGGAACCCCAGGACAGUGAAGAAGCCCAGGUUUCAGGUCAUGGUGUUCUGGCAAGUGACGUUUUUGAAGAAGGCCCCAUGUCCGCUAUGACUGAGGCUGGCAUCCCUCCAUCUCCUGGUGGCUCAGAAGGCAGUUAUGUGUCCCAUUCACCUGACUCGCUCGUGGGCACGUCACCUUUUACCCAGCGCCCUAAGAAACGAAUGAGAAAAGUAUAACACAGUUUUGUCAUCCAAAAGACAUUAAGCACUUUCAUUCUUAUUUUGAUAAACAGUACUGUUGAAACUAGAUGUCAUGGCUUUAAUGGUAUAUUUCAGUGGAAUUAAACAAAAGAGAUCAAUAUUGUGUGCGUUUGAAUUGCUUCUCUCGGCAAAUAGCAGCUGCUCACUGUUUUACCCAAUUAUUGAGGUGGACAAUUACGUGUUUUUUGUAUGAAACAAUGCAGGGAGCACAACAUGGGGAGUAAUUAUAGCCUGAUGUCUGCUUUAAAACACACAGGGACAUCAAUCAAGGAAAAUUGGCAAAUUAAUUACACCAUGCAUAAAUCUGCAUGUUAAAUAAGCAUGCCAUUUCAUUAUCUGUUCACAUUCCCAGGUGUCUCAGAGGAGGUAUUAUCUCUUAUUCACCUCCACCAAAAACAGAUUUGCUAAACACACUGGUUGACAGUAAAUGUAGCUCUUUUCCAGGUACCCAAGCAUUAUGGCUCUCAAUCAAGAUGAAGAGACACUGUAAAGCGCAUAGGUUUUGGAGUGGGCUUUCAGUUUCUGCUUCACGGGCAGUCUUAUUUCAGCAAGACAAAAUAACUGAAACUUGACCUUACCUUUUAAGCUAACAUUUCAGUUCGCUUUGCUCAAGACACCUCAGUCACAGCCUGCCAGUCAUGAGAAUCAAACCAGCAACUCUUGGGUUACAAUAACUGACCUUCUAGCCAUCAGGCUACGACUGCCUUAAAUGUAUUUUGUUACAAAGAGUUUGCAACCAUCUACAACAAGUACACAGAGGCUAUUUUAAAUAUUUUGAUAUACAUUCUUUUCUUUGUUUUCAUAAUUAAUAAAACAUUUUUGUAUCUUUUUAUGUAAAAUAUAUGUUUUGGUACAGAAAAGGACAGGUAUUUGCUGCUUUUCCGUUUCUGUAUGUACUUUGUCUUUUGCUUUGCUUCAUAAACUAGUCUUUAGUAAACUAAAACAGUUUGUACUCAU